GAGGCGCUCUUACAGCGGGGUGAGUUGAUCCAACAAAUCAUGAGCAACGCUGUGGCACACGAAUGCGCAAGACAUGUGUAAUAGGGAGCCGGAGGAGUGAGCGAGCGAGAUCCGGCGCGAAGCGAAUAUGCUGGAACGCAUCGGUAUCACGACCUCCUGCUCCGCCGAGGAGGAGGAGGAGCGUGCCACGGCCGUGCCCAGCGCACUCCGAGCGCCCGCCGGGCCCGUGACGCGCGAGAUGGAGAAAGAGAGGAAGAGAAAGAGAGAGAGGAGGGAGGGAGAGAGAGAGAGAGAGAGAGAGAGAAAAAAAAAAGGGGAGAGAACGUACGCACGCUGCACGCCACUUGAGCGAUCCGCCUGCCUCCCGCGCGAGCCGGAGCGGGCCAGACUCAAUAAAAAAAAAACACCGGGAGCAGAGCGCGCCAGCGAGGCCCUACGACGGCUCUGGCGCUGGGGCGUCGCUAGUUGAAGGGGCCCAGCGCGCGCUGCCGCGGCCCUGCCCGGGGGCGGGCACCUACUGCUGCCGCACGGGCUGGUACGCCGAGGUGUAGGUGCGGGGCUUGUACAUGCCCUGGCUGGGCCAGACGUUGCCGGUCGCGCCACCGUCCUUCAGCCAGAUCGGGGCCACCUCCUUCCGGACCCUCUCGUACUCGGCACGCUGGGCCGCGGCCCUCUUGAUCUGGAUCGGGUCGAUGAGAUACGUGCCGUCGUCGGCCGCCGAGCCCCGGUAACUGGGGACGACCUGGUAGUUGGCCAGGUUGUAGCGCAGGAAGGUUCCAGCUCCGGUCGAGCUCAUCGUGUACUUCUUAUCGGGAUCCUUGCCGUACUUCCAGGUCUGCAGCCCGACGCCGUUCUCCACCCUGUUCACGUACUUCGCGGCCGCCGCCAGCUUCGCCUGCCAGUCCUUUUCGCCCUUGUACUCCAUGUCGCGUAUCAUGGGCGGCGCGGGCUGCGCGGGCGGCGCGCUGCCGGCCGGGCCCUCGCCCUCGGCCCGCGCCUGCUGCGCGCCCGCCAGGGCGACGCAGAGGCCGAGGGCCAGCCCGGCCAGCAGGCCCCUCGCGGGGGAGCCCUCCGCGGCCGCCGGCGCCUCCGCCGGCGCGGCGGGCUCCCAGCGCCGCAGGCCGGCCGCCGGUGCCCUCGGACGCGCGGCGGCGCGGGGGGCGCCGGGCUGCACGAAGGCGGCGCAGCCGGCGGCGCCGGCCACGGUGAGCGCGACGGCGGCGAGCCUGGUCAUCGAGGGAGCGCCCGACUGGGAGCAAGGCCGUGGGGGCUGGGGAAGCAGCACCUCGCAGCUCGACGGACGCGGCCUGUGCCUGGGCCAAAAUGGGCU